UAAAUCCACACAGGUACUCUGCAUUUCAUGUAACUUGAUGAUAGUAUGUUUUAAUAUAAGAAUGAGCCAGUUCCUUAUGUACUUAAUAAAACAGUAUUUGUGUUUCUUAAAAUAUGUGACUGAAACCGGGUCUCGCAUUUCUAAGGCUGGCCUUAACCUUACUAUGUAGCCAGGCUUGACCUUGAACAUCUGAUCCUCUUGCCUCUAUCUCUAUAUGCUACGGUUACAGGCAUGCAUCACAGUGACUGGUUUUCAUGAACUUCUCAGGAUAUGCUAUGUAAUUCUCUACCAACUGAGCUAUGUACUCGGCCUUGCUUUAUGUAUGUUUUUUAAUAUGAUUCUGUCUUUGGGACUCUAAUUGGCCUAUAACUCAAUAUGUACAUCUGGCUAGACUUUUAAGAGUGAUCCCCUGUAAGCCCUGCCUCCCAGGAACAGUGAUUAUAGGAAUGUGCCACAUUGCCUAGCUUUUGCUCUGGUUUUGACUUUUAGAAUGUUCUGGGCCUUCUCCAGACCCUGGAAUGAAUUCCUGUCCUGCUGAAAGUCCUCUGAUGAAGAUCAAGGUUGUUGAGGUCCUUACAUUGAACAGUGAUGUGGCUGGUCCCCGGAAUGCCCUGAUUCAUUCCCUCUAUCCAGAAAGUGGGGAAGACUUGAACCCAGGUAACCUCAAGCCAGCUCAACAGCCAAACAAGCAUUCGAAUGACACUGAAGCUUCACGCCAGAACUUCCGACAUUUCCAGUAUGAAGAGUCAGCUGGUCCCCAGGAGGCUGUGUCCCGGCUUCAUAAGCUGUGUCACCAGUGGCUGCAGCCCAAUACCCAUUCAAAGAAGCAGAUCCUAGAGUUGCUGGUGCUCGAGCAGUUCCUGAAUGCACUGCCUGAGAAGUUUCGGGUGUGGGUAGAGUCCCAGCACCCAGAAGAUUGCAGAGCAGCGGUGGCUUUGUUGGAGACUAUGACCUCAAUGUCUAAGGAUGAUGCUCAGCUUGACUGUUCUAGUGAGACCACUGAUCAACUAAAGGAGAGAAGGAAGGAUGUGAUCACCUUACCAGUUACUGUACCACCUGAGGAGCACGUGAAUUUCCAGGAUGUGUCAGUAGACUUCAGUCAAGAGGAGUGGCGGCUACUAGGUCCGACGCAGAGGACCGAGUAUAAUGAUGUGAUGCUAGAAACCUUGGGCAACAUUGUAUCUGUGGGGUGUGAGCCUACAUUGGAAAACAGAGAGUUAACGCCAGACUCUCCCAUUCCUGUGGUAAAACCAAUUCAUGACCCAAACCCAAAUGAUCUCUCAAGGAAUGGUACCCAGUCCACUGUCUUUGAAAGCAUCUCACCAGAUGAGGUCCAAGAAAGGCACACCAUAGAAUCAAACGAAGUGGGGCUUCUGCAGGAAAAAGGCCACCCUCAGAAAGAGCUCUCUGAAAGCUCCAAGUCUCAGGAGCAAACUAGUCUUCACAAAAGCCAGCACUCACUCAGUGAAGUUCUUCCUAGAAAGCAUGUAAAAGUUAAGCAGAAGGGCACUGGAAAGGGGAAAGGCAGGACAAACACCAUUUCCAGGACACGAGGUUUACACACAAGAAAUCAGCAGACGGACUCUGUGGAGUGGCAAGGCAGGAGUGGCAGCAAUCCUGUCACACAUGGCUCCUCUAUAAAAGAAUACCAGCGGGGUUCUGAGCAGGGAAAAGCUCGGGCCAGCAGAGGUUCCAUUACUGUGUCUGAAAAAUUUAGCCAGAAAACCACUGGCUCUGACAAGGGUAGAUUUAGAGACAUUAGCAAUGCCAUGGUACGUGAUGCACCUACAAAGAAUCAGCAGAAAGGCCCUGAAUGUCAUAAAGUUGGGAAAAGCAACAAUUCCAGGUCAGAAGUUUCAUCUGUACAAAAUCCCCAGAUGGGGUCUAGGGAAGGAAGAAGAAUCAGGGGCAGCAGUAUCUUGACACAUGCUUUACCUGUAAAAAUUCACCAGAAAGGCUAUGAAGAAGGUAAAGUCCAAGGAAACAAGAAUUCCUUAAAACCUGCAAAACCUCAGCAGAAGGGUUCUAAAGGGGAAAGAGUCAGGAAAAUUAAUACUUCCGAAAAACAUGUUCCCCAUGUAAUAAGUCACCUAAAGACCUCUGAAAGAGAAAAAGGCAGGGAAAUCAAUGCUUCCAUAAAAUGUGGUCCUUCUAUAAAAACUUACUGUAAGGGUUCUGAAGUGAGAGAGCACAGGACAGCCAACAAUUGUGGGAAAGCCGUCAGCAGGCAUGCUCAGCAGGUAUUUUUUAUAAAAAUUGACCAGGGGAGCAAAGUUUACCGAUGCAGUGAAUGUGGUAAAAUGUUCCAAAAUGCUAGGUAUUUCUCAGUCCAUAAGAAGAUCCACACAGGAGAGCGGCCUUACGUGUGUAUGACCUGUGGGAAAGCAUUUGUUCAGAGCUCCUCCCUCACACAGCAUCUCAGACUUCAUAGUGGAGAGAAACCAUUUGAGUGUUCAGAGUGUGGGAGGACCUUCAGUGACCGUUCAACCAUCUCUCAGCAUCUGAGAACUCAUACAGGAGCAAGGCCCUACCACUGUGAGCACUGUGGGAAAGCUUUCCGUCAGAGUUCCCACCUCACCAGGCAUGUGAAAAUUCAUACUGGGGAGUGACCAUAUGUGUGCACCAUGUGUGGGAAGGCAUUCACACAGAGUUCACAACUUAUUGGGCAUCAGAAAACACACGGGAUAAAACUAAAAGUAUGUAAAUGAAUAAACUAUUAAUAAUUAUGUGGAA